AUGGGCGAAGUAUCAUUCGAGCAAGACCAUGCCCUCCAACACCAAACUCUAGGCGAGACCGUUGUCACGCGGAAAAAGCAACCGUCACGGUUGCAACGUCAGUCUCUUUCUUGUACAAAGUGUCGGGAGCGGAAGGUGAAGUGUGACCGCACGAAACCAUGUUCGGCAUGUUGUGUUCGGGGUCUUCCCCGUGACUGCCACUUCAUAACUGAAGACGGCAAUUACACCCCAAUCCAGCAAAGUUACGAACUCCGUAAACUUCGGGCCGAGAAUGUCCAACUAAAAGAGCGAUUUCGCGCACUCGGUAUACCAAUUUACGAUGAAGAAUUUGAUCACACCUCACCUCUAGGUUCACACACCGAUAAUGUGUUUAGCCCAGCGGGGAAACGGCCCUCUACGAAGCAGACCCUCUAUCAAGACUCUGGGUGGCAAAACAGCAUUUACUUUGGCGCUCCUGGACUAGCCACUGUCAUCAGUGAUUUUAGUUCGGACCACUUUGACAACCGGACAACAUUGGCGCACAUAAUACCCCGUCCUAAAGACAUAUUCACCUCAGAAGACACUCCCGCAUAUGCCUUUGCCACGCUCUUCAGCGCUUCUUCUGAUGAAUGCAUUCCGCAAUUGCUUAGUUGUCUGCCUGCAAAACAUGAGCUAACAGAGUACAUGAACGUAUUUGAACAUAGUGUGAGCAUACAUAUCCCUGUAGAAGUAUCGACAUUUGAGACAGAGCGCUUUUUAUUAGAUGCUGAGAGUAAUUCUCACUCUUGUCCGAGCAUGCUGGCAUUGAUUCUUGCAGUCAUUGCUCUUGGCGCGCAGCACUCAAUAUGGGGAAGGAAUGGUAGUUGCGAUGUCGCCAAAAUGGAAGCAGAGGCCCAGAAAGGUAACGUCUAUAUUGCCGCAUCAAUGCAGGCUUUACGACUAGCUUCGUUCAUGCAUAAGCCGUCUCUUGUAGCUGUUCAAACACUUAUAUUGAUCGGAAAGUACUUGGCUAAUAGCGGGAAAUUCUUGGACGCAUUUAUACUCUUCGGCACCACUAUCAGAUCGGCUCAUUCUAUCGGUCUGCAUUGUAACCCGAAACAUCUCACAUCCUGCUCUCCAACUGAAGCGGAGGUCGCAACGCGCCAAAAGAUCUGGUGGUACAUGCUCCGAAUCGACGAGGAGUAUUCUAUGACAUUUGGACGGCCACUUGGAAUUAGCAGCAUUGGCACUUGUUGCUGGCCACAGGUGCUCACAACAGACCCCAAUGUGCUACGACUUGGAGAUUUCAUAAUACAAUUUACCGUACUUGCUAGGCAGAUUUUGCGCAGCGAUCGACUGACUGAUCCUCAGAUUGAUGAGUUCACAAAAGCGCUCUGCAGAUUGUUGGAUACAAUGCCUGAAACACUCCAAUUCGAUCCCGCCUGGACUGAUACGGAAAGCCCGCCGUCACAAGACCUCUGGUCACUCAGGACUAUAGCAACCGCAAAAAAUGCUUUCAAUAGCUGCAUGCUCCUCUUGUUUGAUGCGAUAGAAUACCAGCGAAUCACCGAUGGAGUCUUGAAGGCCGAACAAACCUUGUCGAUAUUCAAAGAACUCGAGGAAAAUAGCGUGCACAAGCUCGCGCGGAUCGCAGUUGAAAAGAUUAGUCGAGCCCUCCAGACGCUGCACGACCUCGUUGCACAAUCGUCACAAGGUAAUUCUGAAAGCUACGGUUGGCAACGGAACCAUACUUUUGGGUACGGAGCUGGGAAGAACGGGGUAUCACAAGACUGGGUUGGGAUCGAAAACGUCAUGGGUAACACUGGCAUGCAGCUGCUAGAGACCUAUGAUCUACGAACACCGUACCAGGAGACUUUUAAUCUCAUAAGCUGGGAUACACCU